UGUGCGGAUGUUGCUGCUGAUUGGAACCGUAGUACAACAGUUUCCGAAAAGUUUGACUUCGGCUUUGAAGAUGUCGGGCAAACAGGACAAGAGUGCAAAAUUGGGACUCGCAGUAAUUGGCUUAACACUUGUAACCAUUCUCACUGUGUGGAAGUUAAAACGGUUUAAAUACAGACUUAUAAAUGAAACUGGCGGUGCUAUGUUUUAUGGCAUGCUUGUGGGUUUAACAGUGAGGUGCUUGUCAUCUGACCGGGGACGUCAUGUGGACGAUAUGGAAACUGUGUGCAUUUGUAGUGGUCUUAACAGCACUCCUCACACCUUGAUGGUCAACAUCACAUCACACUUUCACUGUUUUAGACAUGUUGGGAAAGUCAACCAACGAUGCCCAUCGAUCUCAACCCCUCAUACGGAGACCUUUGAUCCCGAGGUCCUUUUCAAUCUGUUUCUGCCACCCAUCAUCUUCCAUGGAGCUUACACCCUUAAUCAGAAACGAUUCAUUGAGAACCUUGGAUCCGUUCUGACCUUUGCAUUUUUGGGAACCAUAAUCAGCUGUCUGACCAUAGGGGCCUGUGUCUACGGCUUCACCAGACUGAUGGUCCUGUCGGGCCAAGCAGCAGAUGGAGACUUCUUCUUCACUGAUUGCCUCCUGUUUGGUGCCAUUAUUUCAGCCACUGACCCAGUUGCAGUCCUUGGCCUGUUGUCAGACCUGCGUGUUGACCCGGAUCUGCUCACCUUGCUGUACGGCGAGAGUGUCCUGAAUGAUGCUGUGGCCAUUGUCUUGACACAUGCCAUCGCCACCUAUACCCAGACGGGUGCAGGACACACCUUCGACCCCCCUGCCUUCCUCCUCUCUUUUGGUUAUUUUCUUGGAGUGCUUGCCGGCUCCUUCCUCUUGGGUUUCAUAUUCACAGUCAUAACAGCCCUCCUUACCAAAUUCACUCGGCUAUGUGAGAAUCCACUGCUGGAAACUUCUGUCUUCUUUCUGUUGUCCUGGAGCAGCUUCCUCUCAGCUGAAGCUAGUGGACUUUCAGGCAUUGUGGCGGUGCUGUUUUGUGGCCUAAGCCAGGCAAGGUACACGAUUCACAAUUUAUCUUCCCAGAGUAGGACCAGGACCAAGGAGCUCUUUGAAGUCUUCAAUUUCCUGGGGGAGAUUUUCAUCUUCAGCUACAUGGGAUAUGCAUUGUUGACGUUUCCUCAUGUCUUCAAAGCUCUCUUCAUUACUGGGGCAUUUAUCUCCAUCUUUAUAUCUAGAGCAUGCAACAUCUACCCCUUUUCAUUCCUGCUCAACCUGGGACGCACAACCAAGAUACCUUGCCCCUUCCAGCACUUCCUGAUGUUUGCAGGUUUCAGGGGCGUUGUGGCGUUAAGCCUGGCUCUGAGAGACACAUCCACAGAAGUGAGGCGCACCAUCCUCACCACCACUCUGCUGCUGGUCAGCUUCACCAUCUGGCUGCUGGGUACGGCUGCUCAUCCCAUGCUGUGCCGUCUGAACAUCAGAGUGGGCGUGGAUGCAGAUGAAAGUCCAGAAGACCUUACUCAUGAGGUUGCUACAGGGAGGCCAGACCCAACACGUGGCCUGUGGCACCAUCUGGACUACAAAUAUCUAAAGCCAGUGCUGACACAUUGUGGCCCUCCCCUCACCGACUCACUGCCACAGUGGUGUGGGCUGUUUGCCAGACUCUUCAGUAGCCCCCAUGUCCAAGAGGAUGAAGAGCAGCUGUGUGAGACUGAAUCAGAUGACUCCACCUUUGACUUGGAGAAAACAGAGAACCAGCUUGGAUCUGGGGGAGGCGACUCUGUAUCCGCGCACCAAGAAGACCUGCUGGAGGGAGACCUGGGACUUGGCACUGUUCCUGCUCUCGCAAGGGAGGCCUGAAGCUCCAGGAGUCACCCCCAACCCAGUUUAUCAGAGUCUGCUAGCUUGAGGCUAAAGCCCUACCUCCCACAGUGAGUGGGGUCACUGUCCGGGGCAUCUGAGAGAAGUCGACCGGGAGUCAGUGUUACAAUGGCUCCCAAAAGGUCAUGCACUCCCCUUGUGCUGACAUGCAUGCACAGACACACUCGCUCAGGGAGAAAUUAUAAAGGCCAUUGCUCUCUCUGUUGCUGUGCUGAUGAUGUUCUUAGCUCGUUUGCUCCCGUUUCAAGGAAUUCGAGACCUGAAAUAGUAUGAUGAAUCCUGCCUUAAGUGCCUAAUGUUCAACAUAACUGACAGGAAGUAGAAAUUGCCCUGUGUGUGCUCAGUGUGCUUUUCCGCAGCAAGCAGAGUGAUAAUGUAACAAUUAUGGUAGAAAAACAUGUUAAGUCUUGCCAGUGGUGCAUCUAUGUGCUACUCGGUUACAUAAGGUCUUAAUUUCAGAGGUUGCGGAAGAAUUUCUCAUGAAUAUUGGCAGUGUGUAAACCCCAUGGUAUUUUCCUUAAUCAGCUGAAAUGGUAUUUUGCUUUUCUCUUCCAAAACUCCUUAUUAAACUUUUAUUGCAUUGUUUUCUGCUACAAUCCAUUUAACAAAUUCAAAAUGUAUUCCACUACAUUGAUUACCUUCCCCCCUCCUUGGAGUGAGGGCUUUUCAUUUUAAGUUGUUAAUGCAUGGGUGCAUCAAUGGAAUGCUCCUCUUUUUUUUAGUCCUUAGUUGCUGCAAAGAAAUGCAAUGCUUUGUCCGUUGUUUGCGCUGAUGUUUAUAUUCAGUUUGGUUCUGAGCAAAAAAACGUAUGAAUGAUAACAACAUAGUAUCACGAGUCCUCAGAAACAGACGCUCAGCUUUUAGUUCCAUCUUAAAAGAACAGUUCACCUUAAAAACACAAGCUUAUUGUUUUGUCUAAUUCCGAGUACGAUCUUAUCAGUUUGGGUGUGAUUUGCUGACAUUUGGAGCACAACACAAUUUAUGCUCAAAUUAUCUUAACUCAUUCUUAUCUCAUUUAAGUACGCCCACCAGCUACAGGAUCUCUAACUCUGUGCAGGAGGAAGUUACCUCUCACAACAAGGGCUUACAGCCUUUGUGUAACAUUGUUAAAAAAAGAAAGACAGCUAUUGUUGAGCUUUUGAGUGUAAUUUUUGGGCUUUUUGAGCACUGCAAAUCAAAUGUUACUGAGCUGUGUUACUGAGGUUAAAUGCAAUCUCUAAACCUCAGCUAAUCACAUCAAAUACAGUGAAAAUCAGCUUGGUUGUGGUUUUCCCUUUAACUAUUAUAGCUUUUUACUUUGUAUUUUAGUCAUUUAACAUUAGUGGAUUUCCCUUUUUAAGCUAUAUCUUUGAGAUAUUAAAAGUUGGGUUGUCGCAGAAUUGAAGCUAAUGUUCUAAAUACUUAAAUGCACCCUGUGGAGUUUAUGACCACUAGUAACAUUAUAGAGCAUUAUUUGGUUACACUUUACUUGAAGGUAUCUACAUAAGAGUGACAUGAAACUGUCAUGAACGUGUCCUAAACAUUAUAAACAAGUCAAAUGUUUAUGACAUACCACUUCUUUUAAUAAGUGUCAUUCGGUUUUGUCAUGACAAGUUAUGGUCAGGGUUCAUGUGUCAUGACAGUGUCAUGUCACUCUAUGUAGUUACCUUCAAGUAAAGGGUUAACCAUUGUUUUUAGGCGUGGGUCCCCGCUUUUUUUUUGUUUUCAUGCCUGAGGACACACAUGCAUGCUGAUGACGGGAUACACAUUUCUGCUAAUGGUUUCACAAUAAUCGACUGAUCUACAGAUGGCAGUAAAUCACCAAGAAACACAUUAAUGCACCAGCAAAUGCAGGGAAGGACAGACUGACAGGACGUAAACACUGCUGUAAACAAUGCAGCUUUGCAAUUGUGUUAUGAGGAAGGAAAUUUAUUCAACACAUUACUUAGACCUCAAGAAUACACAUGAUAUGUUUUGGUGUGAAACGAUAAAUGUAAACAUUUGUUUGCAAAA